ACUCGUCAGAUGGAUUGGCAUGUCCCAAAAUUAGGGUUGGUCUUCCACUCACUGAGGACUUUGUCUUUACGGUAAAUGAUUGACUUAAAGGCUACCCAGAAUGGAUGAGUGGGUUUGUGUGAUAUGGGUAAAAGGUGUAUUGAUUUGUGGCCGAGAUUAUUUAACACAGGCCGUCUCUGUGGCUGAUCACAGUCAGCCAUGGGUCGUCCUGGGGUUCAGAUGUGGACAUGGACACUGUUUGUCUGCUUGAGUUGGAUGUGCGUGGAUCAAGCCGUGGCAGGGCCGCAGUACAUGGUAGCCAUUCCUGCGGUCAUCGAAGCCGGAGCUGAAGCGCCUUUCUGUGCAACUCUUCUGAAGCCCAACGAGACUCUGGCCAUGACCGUCACUUUAAGGUCCAAAGAGCAAAACAUGACUCUAUUGGAGAAGACGUCCAAUAAGGAGUUUCACACCUGCAUUACGUUUCAGGCUCCUUUGGUGCAGGAUCAGGUACGGCAGUUGGAGGUGGAAGUUCGGGGACAAACAUUUUACUCAAAAGAAGUCCGAAAAGUCAUGUUCAAAACCUACCAACCAAGCACAUUCGUCCAAACAGAUAAACCAAUCUACCUUCCAGGACAAACAGUGAACUUCAGAGUCAUCUCCCUGGACAGCAAGUUGAGACCCGCCAAUCCCUUGUACAAUAUCAUUGAAAUUGAGGAUCCUGUGAGUAACAGAGUCGCACAGUGGUCGAUGCAAAGCUCCGAUGGCAAAAUACUGCAGCUUUCUUACUCAUUGAACUCUGAGGCCCGUGAAGGAACCUACAACGUCAUCGUGCAGAUCGGUGAACAAAAACUGCAUCACCAUUUUAAGGUGGAGAAAUACGUUCUGCCAAGAUUUGAAGUGAAAGUAGAGACCUCUGACACAGUUAGCAUCGGGCAGGAGGACAUCAAAGUUAAAAUAUGUGCAAAGUAUACAUACGGGCAGCCUGUGCCGGGGGAUGUUAAAAUUGAGAUGCUUCGACCUUUGAGUCGCUAUUUCAUCAGGACUUUUGAAGCAACCCCUGAUAAUCCAAACGGCACCCCUGAGAUAGUUGCCCCGUCCUUCACAGAGAUACAACAGGCGGAUAAGACAGGCUGUGCAAAUUUUGUCAUCGAGUUGUCCACGUUCACAAAAAUCGACCAGAAGGUGCUGCGAGACUCUCUGCAGCUGAAGGCCAGUGUGGAGGAGGAGGGAACAGGUAUUUCACACCAAAACCAGAAGAGGUUGGAGAUCGAUUAUGUUAUUGGAAAGUUUAUCUUUGAGGACACACCCAAGGUUUACAAUGAGGGAUCCAACGUGGAGGGAAAAAUCAAAGCAGUUCGCCACGAUGAAACACCCAUCCCUAACAUGCCGGUGCACCUGUUCGAGGGCGAGAGGUGGUCGGCACGUCUGCUGCAGAAUCUCACAACUAACAGCGAGGGCAUCGCGGCUUUCUCGAUUAGCACAGCCGGGUUUAAAAAUGACAUCCAGCUCACGGCAACUAGCAAACCUGAGCUUAGGUAUGACGGGCAUCGGACUCCGUACCAUCAAAGAGGAGAGCACACAGUGUCGCAGAUCCAAACUUUAACUCAAGAUACGAAAACGAUCAGCUCCCUGGAGGUGCAGAAGAAGGAUAUAACGCUCGCCUGCGGCACAGAGGAAGACUUCCACAUUAAGGUUUUCAUAGUCGGGGAAGCUCAGGGCACUGCGGAUGUGAUGUAUCUGGUCUUAUCCAGAGGAGCCAUCGUGACGCAGGGAUCUCAACAGAUUGAAGUCCAAGAUAAACCAGUGACCGAGGGCAAGAUAUCCUUCUUGUAUAAAGUGUCUCCAGAGAUAGCCCCGGACAUCCAGGUGGUGGCUUACGCCAUCCUCCCCAGUGAGACGGUGAUCGCCCACAGUGCUGAAUUCACUACAGAGAAAUGCUUCAGUCACAAGGUGUCUCUGGAGUUUUCUCCGUCCUCAGCUGUCCCAGGUGAGGAAAACACCCUGCAGGUGACCGCCAAUCCUGACUCUCUGUGUGGUCUGAGCGCUGUGGACCAGAGCGUCCUCAUCAAGGAGCCGGGGAAAACUCUGGACGCAGAAAAGAUUUUCAAUCUGUUGCCUGUCAGAAAAUCAACUUAUAUUCCAUACGCAGCUGAAGAUGCUCAAGACUGCGUUCAAGUCAGAUCAAAAAGGUCUAUUCUUCGAUACCCCAUACGCCGCGCCACAGACGACGCUUUUAACGUUUUCCAGGAUGUAGGGCUGAAGAUGGUAACCAAUUUGUUUAUUCGAACGCCUUCGUGCCUCACGUACAGAGGAGAGGAAUACCACAGAAACUAUGGUGGUUAUCCUGGAGUUUAUUAUGACUCAGUUCCUACAAUGGCCAGAAUGGGCGUAGGUGGUUCUGGCGGGGGAUCUGGAGGCAUGAGUAUGGAGUCCGCAAUUGUAGAGACAGUCCGCAGUUUUUUCCCUGAGACUUGGAUAUGGGACCUGAUGGAAGUUGGAGCGUCUGGAACCAAAGACAUGCCCCUUACCGUCCCUGACACCAUCACCACCUGGGAGACGGAGGCUUUCUGUUUGUCCACUCAAGGUUUCGGCUUGGCUCCUCGUAAAGAGCUCACCGUCUUCCAGCCCUUCUUCCUGGAGCUCAGCCUGCCGUACUCCAUCAUCCGAGGGGAGAACUUUGAGCUGAAGGCAACUGUCUUCAACUACCUGUCCAGCUGCAUCAUGGUCACUGUGACUCCAACUCCCUCCUUGGAUUACACCCUCACCCCUCUCUCUGGUGACCAGUACACAUCCUGUUUGUGUGGCAACGAGCGCAAGACCCUCAGCUGGAUCAUGGCCCCCGCAGCCUUAGGGGAUGUAAACGUGACUAUGACCGCUGAGGCUGUGACUUCUGACGUUUCCUGCAACAAUGAGAUCGUGAAGGUCCCAGAGAGAGGUCGUAUCGACAAGGUCACAAAAUCUCUCAUAGUGAAGGCUGAAGGAACUGAGGUGACAAAGACCCACAACUGGCUGCUCUGUCCUAAAGAUGAGGCUUUGACGGAGGAAAUAAACAUACAGCUUCCUGCUAACGUGAUUGAUGGAUCUGCUCGCGCUUUUGUUUCAGUCCUGGGUGACAUCCUGGGCCGAGCUCUGAAGAACCUGGACGGGCUGCUGCAGAUGCCGUACGGAUGUGGCGAACAGAACAUGGCGCUCCUGGCCCCCAACAUCUACAUCCUCCAAUACCUGAAAAACACCCAGCAACUGACCCCCAAAAUCAUGGAAAAGUCGGCUAACUUCCUGACCAGUGGCUACCAGAGACAGCUGAACUACAAACAUGCUGGAGGUGCUUACAGCACGUUUGGAACGGGAUCGGGGAACACCUGGCUGACAGCCUUCGUGGUGAGAUCCCUGGCCAAAGCACAGUCCUUCGUCUUCAUUGACCCAGUAAAGAUUCAAGAGUCAAAGACCUGGCUGGAGAGCAGGCAGCGGGAACAAGGCUGUUUUGAAAAGUCGGGAAAACUCUUCAACAACAGAAUGAAGGGCGGUGUGUCCGAUGAAGUGACCCUCACUGCGUACAUCAUCGCUGGCUUCCUGGAGAUGAACACAUCUGUUGAUAAUCCUGUGGUGAGCAACGGCCUGUCCUGCCUCAAGGCGUCCUUGGGUGACCUCAGCAACACCUACGCCACAGCACUGAUGGCGUACGUCUUCACCCUGGCUGGAGACAUGGAGACCCGAGGCCAGCUCCUGAGGCACCUUGACACAGUAGCAAUACGCUCAGGAGGUUACCUCCACUGGUCUCAGUCAGCGACAGACACCUCCUACUCUCUGUGUGUGGAGAUCAGCUCUUAUGUGCUGCUGUCCGUACUCAGUGUCUCUCCUUCUGCUGAAGAACUGGGAUACGCCACCGGCAUCGUCAGAUGGUUGACCACCCAGCAGAACUAUUACGGAGGCUUCUCCUCCACACAGGACACAGUGGUGGCUCUGCAGGCUCUGGCUCUCUACUCCACUCGUGUGUUCAGUCCAGAAGGUUCAAGCACAGUGGCGGUCCAGUCUCCCAGCGGUCAGCUGAUGUUUGACGUGAACCAGGACAACAAGCUGCUCUACCAGGAGGAGCUGCUGAAGGAUGGAACAGGAAAGUACAGCCUGGAGGUGAAGGGAACUUCCUGUGCUUCCAUUCAGAUUUCUCUUCACUACAACAUCCCAACUCCUACUGAUGGCACCAAGCUCAGGGUGGAGGUCCAACCUGAAGCCCUUUGUGGAGGCACUUCUAACAGACGCAAGCUUACUCUGAAGACCAAGACCCUAUACUACGGUGAGGAGCCGACUACGAACAUGGUGAUCCUGGACCUCAAAAUGCUCUCUGGAUUUAUCCCGAACCCUGAGUCUCUGAAGAAGCUCAAAGGCGCCCUGCUGGUGGAUCGUGUUGAACAGAACAAAGACCAUGUUUUGGUGUAUCUUAAUGAGUUGCCGAAGGACAUAGCCAUCAAUCACGAGUUAGAGCUCAUCCAGGAGAUCCAAGUGCAGAACCUGAAGCCAGCUGUGGUCAACAUCUACGACUACUACCAGCCAAAUGACAAGGCUGAGACUCAGUACACCUACCCCUGUGUUGCAGGUUGAACACCUGUGUUGUCUUGAUGGUCCCAGGAAGAUCCUAAAUAAAGCUCCAUUUUUUUCAAAGUCA